AUGCCCGCCGGGCCCCGCCCCCGCCCGCUGUCCAAUCGCCCCCCGGGGGCGGGGCCCGGCGCUUCCGCGCUGGGCAACAUCGCCUGCAGCCGGGCUCCGCGGCCCGGGCGCAGGAUGCGGGCGCGGGUGGGCGGCGGCGGCGGCGGCGGCUGGCGGGCGCGGGCAGCCCAGACGGCGCUCAGCUGGGGCAUCGCCGCCGGGCUUUUCCUGCACCCUACGGAUCUGAGGAGGCAGGUAGAGCAGCGAGAGCUUCUCCAGCCACUCUCGUUCCUCGCCUUGGUUCUCUGCUCCGUUUUCCUCUACUUUGUGGUCUCUCUCAUGGAUCCGGGGUUCGUGGAGCACGAUAAGGCCGAAGAGGAUCCUGCGGGCAAAGAGCAGAAGGCGAUGGCAUUCCCACAAGGUCCGUCCCUUUGCCUCCGACGCUGCGGAUACUGCAUGCUGAAGCAGCCGAUGCGGGCCAAACAUUGCCAGGUGUGUCAACACUGCGUCCGGCGCUACGACCACCACUGCCCCUGGAUUGAGAACUGCGUCGGGGAGAGAAAUCACGCCCUGUUCCUCGUCUACCUGGCGGUUCAGCUUGCGGUUCUCCUGUGGGCAUUGCUAGUGGCCUGGUCUGGCCUGGGCGGCGGGCCGCUCUCCUGGGCGUGGCUGCGCCAUCGCGCCCUCCUGCUCCUGGCCUUCCUGGCGAUGGCCGUGCUCGCCGUGGUGGCCGUCCUCCUGCUGGCGUCGCACCUGUACCUGGCCGCCUGCAACACCACCACCUGGGAGUUCAUGUCCCGCCACCGCAUCUCCUACCUGAAGCACUGCGAGGCCGAGAACCCGUUCGACCGAGGCGUCCUCCGCAACCUCUGGCGGUUCUUCUGCAGCCGCCGCCUCGUGGCGUGGGAGCAGCUCUACUCCCCGGAGGACGGCGGCGCCGUGUGACGGCCGGCAGCGCCGAGACGAGGGCCGGGCGGGGCAGCGGGACACGCCGGUGGGCGCCGUUUACGCCUCCUCCGAGGCGGGAGAUGGCACUGGGCCACCUCCCAAGAAAGGCCUUCCUCGCCGCCCAGCCUUGCACAAGCGGAGGCCACGCUCCGGCAAGCCAUCCUCAACCAGCCCCGUCUGGGGAUGCUGCCCCCGCUCCGCUUGGGCCCCCGCCAGCUUGCCUGGGCAGAGAGGACCGUGCCCGGCCACCCUCCGCCGGAGCCACUGGGGAGCUGCAGGGCUUGGGGCUGGAUGGCUGGACGGUGCAGCGGCGGUCGCCUCGCUUCUCACACGGUGCCUUGAAGCAGCCCCUCUGGGCUGAAGCCAUUCUGCAGAAAAGACCGUCCCUUGCACUGGCCCACGGCCCCCCUGGGCAAGACUGCGGCCCGGACAGCCCUCGGUGGGGGUGCCAGGCCGGGGUGGGGCGUGCCGCUUGCACUGGGCUGACGGCCGGGGGCACUGGGUGCUCGCGCUCCUUGUAGCCGAGGCGUCUUUCCAUUAAAGUUCUUGGACGAGGCGUC